UCGCUCCGCCAUCGGUGGUGCGCUAAAGCCGAGGAGAACAGUAUACUGGUGAAAGCCGUAGCAGCCCAUGAGGAGGAGGGGGGUGGCUGGUGUCAUGGCAAGCCUGGAUGCAUGUCCGAGAUGAUCCUUGUCUUGGAGAAGAACGAAAGAGAGGCAGAGGCAGAGGCAGAGGCAGGGAAGAAAAAGCAGCAAAAAAAAAAAAAAAAGUGAGCACAGCUCAGGAUCCUCUCCGUCACUUUCUUUGUAGGAAAGAAAGGAUUCUGUAGUCGGUAGUUUACUGAGGCCAGGAUCAGUUGUUGCUCCUCCUCUGUCACCCGAGCUUCUUCCUUUAAGUACACCACUGUUUCCUUUCCUGGGGAAGGCCACAGUCCUUGAGACUCUCUCUCUCUGUUGCUCUCCUGCUUUUUCUUUGGCUUCUGUUGCGUGAUGUCCUCCUCUCUUCUUUCUUCCUCUUUAUUCGUUCGAUGAGCACCCUUGCAGAGCGUCGAGCGGAGUGAAAUGGCUGAAAAUUUCGAAAGAAGAACCCCCUCGGUCAGAGAAGUUGAACAGGCCAUUACAGCUUUGAAGAAGGGUGCACAUCUUCUGAAAUGUGGAAGGAGAGGGAAGCCCAAAUUCUGCCCUUUCAGGGUAUCAACGGAUGAGAAAAUCUUAAUCUGGUACUCGGGGGAGAAGGAAAAACACUUGAACUUGGAUGCCGUUUCCAAAGUCAUCUCCGGCCAGCAGACUGUAAAUUUCCUGCGUCAGAAUCAGGCAGAUAAAAAGAAUCAGUCGUUUUCACUUGUAUAUGAAAAUGGUCAACGUUCGCUUGACUUGAUAUGCAAAGACAAAGAACAAGCUGAAUCUUGGCGUCUGGGUUUGACGGCCUUGGUAUCAACUUCUCAUCAACCAAGAAUUUUGGCUAACAUAAGAAGUAGCAGAUGGGCACACACUUGCGCCAACAGCCCUGUUGGCUACGUUGCAACGAAUCAUAAACUGGGGCUUCUCCAGGGUUCAGCUAAAUUAGCAAAGGUGCGCAGUUUAUACGGUACUCCUGCUCGAGCUCUGCUAGAUAAGCAUUUAUCAGAUAGAAUGAUGAACACAUCUGAUGAAUUUUACUCUCCAAGACAAAGAACCUUAUCGGAUAUACAAUCUUAUUUGGACAAAAUACUACCUCGCCUGCCCCAUGUGGUCUCUUAUGGUGAGAAGGAAAAGAAAGACUCUAAUUUGAGUAAAGGACAGAGAAUGUUUCCAAUUUCUAAGCUCAGCUCAUCCGAACAUGAAUCUCCUAAGAUAUAUGUCAAUGAUGGUUUAAAGGAUGCCUUCAUGUGGGGAAAAGGAGUAGGAGGUGUUGAUUUUUCACUUCCCAAGCUAUUGGAUUCAACUAGAGCGCUCGAUGUGAGGAGCGUGUCCUGUGGGGAGAAGCAUGCUGCUUUAGUUACUAAACAGGGUGAAGUCUUCUGUUGGGGCUUGGAAAAUGGUGGAAGAUUGGGUCAUAAGGUCAAUAUGGAUGCACCUUAUCCUAAACUUGUCGAGUCUCUUACUUGUAUCUCUGUACAAAGAGUUGCUUGUGGGGCACAGUGCACCUUUGCUAUUGCAAAUUCUGGUGAAGUUUAUGUCUGGGGUGACAGCAACCAUGGCCUUGAUCUUUCCGGUGAUGGCCACCAAACCCAGUGGUUUCCCCAUAGAAUAUCUGGUCCUUUAGACGGUGUAUUUAUAUCGAGGAUCGCAUGCGGUGAAUGGCACACAGCAAUAGUGUCUUCUUCUGGGCAGUUAUUCACCUGUGGGGAUGGAACAUUUGGUGUUCUUGGUCAUGGGGAUGUACAAAGUAUCUCUCAGCCAAAAGAAGUCGAGUCCUUGAAAGGGCUUAGAGUAAAAUCAGUUGCGUGUGGACCAUGGCAUACUGCUGCUGUUGUUGAAAUCGUAGUUGGUCAUGUCAAAAGCAAUUCUCCAGGUGGUAAGCUAUUCACUUGGGGUGACAACGAUAAAGGGAGGCUUGGUCAUGUAGAUAAGGACAGGAAGCUUGCACCAACUUGCGUUGCUUCACUCGUGGAUUGUGAUUUUGUUCAAGUGUCCUGCGGAACUACGUUAACUGCUGCACUUACAGUUACUGGUAUAGUUUUUACUAUGGGAAGUUCAGCAAAUGGGCAGUUAGGAAAUCCUCAUGCGGAGGAUGUUUCGAUAGCUAGAGUUGAAGGGUUGCUUAAAAGUGAGUUUGUCAAGGAGAUAUCUGCAGGUUCUUUUCAUGUGGCAGUGUUGACGACAAAGGGAAAAGUGUAUACUUGGGGGAGGGGUGGAAAUGGACAACUUGGAUUAGGUGAUAAUAAAGACAGAAGCUCCCCAACUCUGGUGGAGUCCUUGGAAGAUAGACAUGUCGAAAGUGUAGCCUGCGGUUCCAACUUCACAAUUGUCACUUGUUUGCAUAAAUUUAUCUCAAGCAAGGACCAGUUAAUCUGCACAGGUUGCAGAAUGGUUUUUGGCUUUGCUAGGAAGAAGCAUAAUUGCUACAAUUGUGGUUUUAUGUUUUGCCAUCCCUGUAGCAGCAACAAGGUCAUGAAUGCAGCUCUGGCACCAAAUAAAUGCAAGAAGUAUCGUGUUUGCAAUACGUGCUUCACUCAGCUGCAAAAAAUUUCAGAUCCUAGAAUAAACAUGGAAAUCUCAACUCCUAGACCAUUACUGCUAACAACUGAGGGAUAUUCUGAUCUAAGGUUAAAGAGGGAACAUUCAUUCAUCACUGAAGGAAAAACAUUUUAUCGUAAAUUAUCAGCUGUUGAGGAAACUAAACUAGCAGAAGCAGAUGCAGAAUCUGUGCGUGAAGAAAAGCAGAAUCAACAUUCAGGUUCACCAGUCAUAGCAAAUCAAAGGUGGGGACACGUGCCAUGCCCCCCACAGUUCAUUGAACAUGGUAGAGAGAACUCCUUGAAAGUGGUUCCUAUUUCAGGACAAGAGUUUUCUGAUCCUUUUCAUGUUCAUGCACGGAAUUCUCCACCGGAGAGGAAAUUUAAACUAUCCAAAGCUAGCAGCUUGAGAAAAGAUCUAGACAAUGUGGAUAAGAUAGUGAGAGAAGAACUACUGCGACUUCAAACUGAGGCUAAAUCCCUGACUCAAAAAUGCCAAAGUAAAAGUCGGAAACUCCAACAGUGUAAACGUAAAAUUGAGGAAACCUGGUUGCUGGCAAAGGAUGAAGCUGAAAAGUGCAAAGCUGCAAAUGCUGUAAUAAAGAUUCUAACCGCUCAGAUAAAUGCUUUGACAGAGAAGCUUUCAACAAGGAGGCAAGUAAGUAAUAUUGGAUCCACUGUUGAUGCCAACAGCACAUGUUGCCCUGCCCAGACGAAGUUUUUGAGGCCUGAAGGUGAAAAGUCAGUCUUUGCAUUCCAUCACCAGUGUCCAGAUGUACAUACAAGCAUCAAGGACCAGACUUCCACAAGCUCAUACUGUGAUGCAACCGUAGCUGCAACAGAUGCAAAAAACUGUCGAACCAAGGAAUCAAAGGAUGAACGGGUGGAGCAAGUUGAAGUUGGUGUAUAUGUUACCUUCAUUACUUUGCCAAGUGGCCAGAAGGGCCUCAAUCGCGUAAGGUUUAGCCGGAAACAUUUUAGUGAGAAGGAAGCUGAGAUAUGGUGGGAGGAGAAUCAGAGGAGAGUAUAUUCAAAAUACAACAUCAAAAGUUUUGUGACACCAUCUACUGGUAAAAUAGACCAUUAAAUUAUAUGAAGUCCAGAUGUGGCUGGAGGGGAACCAAAGAAAAGCAAAUUUGAAGUACAAGAUUGUGUAGAUAGUUACAGCAUCAACAAACAAAAUGGAUCCAGUUCUGCAGCAUCUGCAUGUCAUGACAUAAACAUUCUUGAUAGUUAUGCAGAUGGCUUCAAGAACAGAGUGGCAGCUGAAAGAAAGUAAAAGCUUUGAAGGAUGAAAUGUCAGGAUUUCCUAUAUUGGGAGGUUGAAAAUUCUUCGGAACAUAAAAAAAAGAAGAUUUGACAUGCUUUCCUGUGGGAAACAGCCUUGCUUAUCAGAAGAUUUGGAGCAGUCAGAUAAUGUCUUUUUUGUUUAUGCAUCUAUGGAUGUCAAAAUUAGAGACGACGAACAGUCUCCUAAAUUGUAAAAAUAGCUUCAAAUUAGGUUAUAUGUCAAAGUCCUUCCUCUUGAACAUUGGAGAUAUUUUUUGUGUGGCCACAGGCACAUGGAAAUUGUAAUUGAAAUGCAGAUUACUUGAAAAUAUUGU